UGUCGAGCGGGAUAGACCCUGGCCACCGUCGCAGGAACGUGGAAUCUUCGUUCAUCGGAGAAGAGCGCCGCCCAAACAUCGCAAGGUCUCUGCAAUUAGUUCGAGGAUUCCCAAUGGCUGAAUACGUUGAACAGCAGUGUGAGGCUUCCGUGGAGGCGCCGCAGAGCCAUGCGGUGGACCCACACGUCUCCACCACCACGGAGGGAGAGGGCGUGGUGGCGCGUCUGCACCGCGUGCCGCUGGUGGCCUCUCUGCUGAACCGGGUGGGGGGCACCUACGGUGCUGUGCGUGCCUGGGGUGGUGUCGUGGGUGCCACGUGCAAGGUCGCCGAGACUGGCUUCUAUGUCGCCACCUCUGUGGCCUCCACCUCCGUCUGGCCUGUGGCCUGGGCCCUGAAGCCGCAACUUGCGAUGGCUGGGUGUCUGGUGGUGAAGGGUGUGGACUUCCUGGAGACGAAGCUGCCGUCGCUGCUACACUCCUCCAACCACGAGGUGGUGGAGUCUGGCGAGAUUCCGGCUGCCUCCUCCGCCCUGGGCAGCGUGGCUGGCGCCAUUGCCAGCGUGCUCUCGGGCACCGUGAGCGCCUCGCGCUCCCUGCUGGGCAGCCGUCUGGGCCAGCUGGGCCCCAUGCUGAUGUCGGGCGUGGACUGCGUGCUGUGCCGCACUGAAGAGUACAUCGGCUGCUACCUGAAGGGCCGAGGCCACGACGAUGGAAAGGCUCCCGAAGCGGAGGCAGCCUACCCCAGGAAGGAUUCCCACCCCGUGGUGCGCGUGGCGUUGCUGGCCGGCCGCGUGACACGAGGCCUCUACGACCUGUGUGCACGUAGAGCGAGCGACAUCCACAACUCUUGCGUGGGCUUCGAGCAGCAGGAGCCCAGCGACGCUGAUUCUCAGAAGCGCACCAUCAAAAUCCCAUUGCUGCUCUCCAAGGCGCUGGUGCCCGUGAGCUGGCUGACGCGCCGCUCUCUCGCCGUGGCCAAGUCUAUGUGCACGGCCGUGGUGAACCGUGCAUACGACCACGCCAUCAACAACUCGUCGCUGAACUGGGUGAUGCGCACGCUUGGACUCUGCAAGGCUUCCCCUUGUCGCCUGGAUGCCCGUGAGGAUAGAGACGUUGCCGAGGGUCUGCGGUUGGCCAGCGAUGAUGGGGGAGCGGCCCAGGGAGAAGGACAGGGCCACCCCCAAGCACUCCGUGAGACCGGCAGUCAAGGAGGACGCCUUGCUCCCAUCGCCCAGGACCCAGACUGCUUCCCUCUGCAGCCCGGGUGGCAGCAGCACCACCACCACCUGCAGCAGCCUCACUCGCCCGACGGUGCCUUCUGACUAGGCCGCGCGCUAAGGGCCGCUCUCCCACGCGCCGCCUUCGCCGGCCGGUGCCUGACGUGGCGCGAGCGGGCGGUGGCCGCGACGGGAACGCGGCUCGCGACGGCGUCGCUGGGCACGGUCUCCGUCGAGAUGUUUGGGUACUGCCUGUCCGCCACCUGGCUGUGGCACGCGACCUACACCCGGUGGGCGAAGGGGCCACGCUGAAGGCUGUCCCGCGGUUCGCUUGGCCGUUGGAUUGUCCAGAGGGAGAGAGCGCACGCACAUGGAAGAGGGGUUGGGGGGGGGGGCAUGCAGAGUCUCUGCUGCUGGGGAAGGUUUUCGCUGUUGCACUGCCGCGGAGAUCUCCGGCGUCUUUCGGGUUAGGGCCACACGCGUCGUUUGGCACGGCGUCCGACGUUUCGCUCCACGUGCCGGCCGGGCUCGCUUCUCGGUGCAGUGCCUGGCGGCACUGCCGGGGGCUUCGUGAAAGUCGCUUGCACGCAACGUGCGGUAGAAACGAAUCGAAAAAUAGCGGCCUCUCCAGGGCGAGAUUCGAUGCGUGCGUGUGGUGAACGACGUGAACCGGUUAAUAACUGCUUGUGGCUCCUUGCACAAAUGGAAGUUUUAGGGGGGGGGUCCUCCGUGACCUCGCCUAACCCCAUCGUGCCUCGGCACUGUCCGUACACAAGCAACCCGCCCUCCCUGGCCUCGCACGCAUCAUUUUAAACUCGACGGCGGCUUUUUUUUGUCGAGCUUGUGACGUCCUCCCCUUCCCAGCCAACCGUUCCCUCCUGCGCGGGGGUCGUGGGUAAAGCGUUGAACCACUUUGCGGGAACGUCCACCAGGUGAAUGUGUGGUACGUAUGCCUCCUCGCUGCCAGGUGGGAUUUCUUUAUCUGCUUUAGGUAUGUAAAACGGAUGAGUUGCCCCUCCCCCACUCCCCGUGAUUUAUUUGGGCUGUAAACAACUCUGAUUUUUGACUGCCCUUUACGUCCGCGCCUUUGCCAGCGAUGGCCGGAAGCUACUACUGAGUGAUGCCGUCCAAUUUUGUACAUUUUUCUACUUCUAUACUGGGCUAGGGUUUGUUUUUCAGUGUUCACUGAAGGGUACAUGGUUGCUUUCUAGAUUUGCAGGUUGAUACGCAGUGAAAUAAAAAAAUAUAUUGUCCAAGAUAUGAACAAAAAAAAUCGGGUUUUUUCAAAACAAAUAUUUUGGAAAAUCUUGGAAAUGUGGUGUCGGGGAAUGACGUCGCUCCCAUCUCCACGUGACGUCCCUUUGACGGCACGCGGCACGACAUGCUUUUAAAAUUUUCACGUUAAAAUUAUUAUUAAACAUUCAAAUUCAAUUAUUUUACAAAAAAAAUGUGCAAAUAGAGUGCAUAAGCAAUGACAGUCAUAAAAAAAGUAUUACUCUGGAACAACAAAAAUCCGUAAUUUCAGAUUGAUUAAAUUAAAAUAUGAAAACACGAAAAGUAUUUAAAUGAAUUAUGAAAUUGCGGCAAAUUCAAUAGUCUGACAAAUAUGAAUCCCGACGGGCAACCCAAGUGUAAUGGGGCCGUGUUCGUGCUAGCCGCGUGUGCCUCGUAAUGUUUUAGUGGCGACUUUGCUGUGCUGGAGUUGAUUUGCCUGAUGCGUUGCCGAGUGUAGUGUGCUUGCUUUGUGGAUCGCAAUAAACGUUUGAGACUA